AUGAUAAACGCUUGGAAGCUCAAGAACCCGGUGGAGACAAAUGAACUGAGCAAAAACCUGUUCUUGUUCAGGUUCGCUAUGAAGAGGGAUUUGGAGAAUGUGAUUAAUAAUAGGUUAUGGAGCUUUGAUAGAAAUCUCCUUGUUUUGGAUAGGGUCUCAGGAGAGGAACAACCCUUAAAUUUGAAUAUGCACUUUGGAGUUUUUUGGGUCAUGGUUUAUGAGCUGCCUCUUAUGCUUAGGUCUGAAGCAAUGGCGAAGAAGAUAGGAGGGAUCCUGGGCAAUUUUGAAGAGAUGGACCAGAAGGAAGCUCACUGCAACGGACAAUUUCUUCGUAUUAAGGUUAAAAGGGAUCUUAAACAACCUUUAAAAUGGGGGACGAUAGUUCGAUUAAAAGAUAAGAAUCUUCGAGUCUUCUUAAAAUAUGAAAGGCUGACAAAUUUUUGCUUUGCUUACAGGAGAAUAGGGCAUCAGUUAAAGGAUUGCAAAGCGCUUAGGGAAUUGGAUGAAGAAAGCUAUGAAGAGUUGGACGAACAAGAAAUAUCCUUUGGUCUUUGGCUUAGGGCAUCUCCCUUGCCUCGUGUUACAGAGGAACCGAAGAAAAAAGAUUCAAGUUCUGGAACAUGUAGUAAGAACUUGUUCAAUAUCUCCUCUAGUCACAGUAGAUGUGAGACAAAGAGCAAAGGUAAAGAAGGAGAUGAAGUGGAGGUUGAACAACCAUCGACUACAGGAAACACAAACCAGAUUAAAACGAUGCCGAAGCCUGUGGAAGAAAAUAAUUUGGGGAAUCUGUUAGCCAUUGAAUUCGUGGCAGAGUCUCUGGGAGCGGUUGAUAUCUCCAACAAAGGAAAGGAAGGAGAAGGUAAUUCCAAGGGGACAGUGUCGAAGAGAAGGAAGGGGUCGAGGAAGAAGGCGGAGAAAAAAGAGGUUCCCAACAAGAAUGCCUUGAUGAAUAUAGAGAGGGGAAGAGACAACUUAUAG